CCACCGAGUACCACCUGGGCCUGCUGAAAGCAAAGCUUGCAAAAUACAGAGCUCAGUUGCUAGAACCCUCCAAAUCCUCGGCCGCCAAAGGAGAAGGCUUCGAUGUGAUGAAAUCUGGAGAUGCCCGGGUGGCACUGAUCGGUUUUCCUUCUGUGGGUAAGUCCACGUUUUUGAGUUUGAUGACCUCCACUGCCAGCGAAGCUGCGUCUUACGAGUUCACAACCCUGACGUGUAUCCCAGGAGUCAUAGAAUACAAAGGAGCCAAUAUUCAGCUGCUGGAUCUGCCUGGAAUCAUCGAAGGAGCAGCACAAGGGAAGGGCAGAGGUCGGCAGGUGAUCGCCGUGGCCAGGACGGCGGAUGUUGUUAUUAUGAUGCUGGAUGCCACAAAGGGUGAAGUACAGAGGGCCUUGCUGGAGAAAGAACUGGAAUCUGUUGGAAUCAGGCUCAACAAAAGCAAACCAAAUAUCUACUUCAAGCCGAAGAAGGGCGGAGGGAUCUCCUUCAACUCAACUGUCACAUUGACUCAGUGCUCUGAGAAGCUCGUGCAGCUCAUCCUUCAUGAAUACAAAAUCUUCAACGCCGAGGUCCUCUUCAGAGAGGAUUGUUCACCUGAUGAGUUCAUCGACGUGGUUGUAGGCAACAGGGUCUACAUGCCGUGCCUCUACGUUUAUAACAAGAUUGACCAGAUAUCUAUGGAGGAAGUGGAUCGCCUUGCUCGGAGACCUCACAGUGUUGUUAUCAGCUGCGGCAUGAAGCUGAACCUGGACUACUUGCUGGAGAAGCUCUGGGAAUACCUGGCACUUACCUGCAUCUACACCAAGAAACGAGGACAGAGACCAGACUUUACAGAUGCCAUUAUUCUACGGAAAGGGGCCUCUGUGGAGCACGUGUGCCAUCGAAUUCACAGAUCGCUAGCCAGCCAGUUCAAAUAUGCCUUGGUGUGGGGGACAAGCACAAAAUACAGCCCUCAAAGAGUGGGCCUGACCCAUAUGAUGGAGCAUGAAGAUGUCAUUCAGAUUGUAAAGAAGUAACCCAUUUUACCGGUGCCUGGCCUUGUCUUUAGAAUUGGAACUGACCACCUAAAAGCAAAAUAAAACAAAA